AUGACAGCGUCUUCGACUUCCCUUUCUGGCCUUGCUGUUACUUCUGCUACUACUUCGUGCCGUAACGUUAUGAACCAGGCCAAGAAACACGUCCUUCUCCCCUCCCACCGCGUCCACCACCAGCACGACGACCAGGGCAACAACGGAGUCGAGCCAGCGACAGAGUACAACGGCAACAACGACAACGACCGCCGCUACAACACCUUUGUCAAUGACCUCGUCGACGCCCCCGCCCUCACAGACGACAAGGACGACCGCUCAGUGGCAAAGGAGUACCGAUUCCGCCAAAAGGUGCAAGUGCUGAACUUUGCCGCCGACAUGGCCUGUCACAUCCUCUAUCACAGUCACAAUAACGCAAAGCUCGUUAUGCCCACGCCAGAGUUCAGAGACUUUUGCGUCAAGGUCGUCGCACAGUUCACGACCAUUUCUCCCCCCGUCGUCUUCCUGGCGCUCAAGUACCUCGCUCGGAUGGUGGAGAGUCUCAAGUGCAAGAACCAGAGGCCAAGCAGCAAUCCGGGCACUGACGAGUCAAUGUUCACUGCGACUCUGGUUCUUGCAUGCAACUACCUCGAGGAGUACGACAGCAACUUAACCCGACCCCGCAUCUGGGCCAGAGUCACCCAAAUCCACAAGAAGGAGAUCGAGUCCAGUCGGAAGAUGCUGCUCGAGCUAUUAGACUACCGUCUGGUCACCACCCCCGCCGAGUAUGCUGACUGGAUGGCAUACCUCGUCGAUCAUACCAUGAAGCACAUGGCCGAGCACCAGUUUGUCCCCCUCGAGCACCAGUCUCUCGCAGAGCUCGCACCUAUUAACGACCUUUACUCGACUUCGGACAUUGGAUACAUUCCACCUGUCCUCAAGACUUACAUGGGCGAUCUCAUUCAUCUUAAACCACCGCCCAAGAUACAAGAAGCUGGAUCGAGCAAGGAGUCAGAGUGUGACGCUGCUGCGGUCUCUUCUUCCCACCCACAAGGUCAGGCUCAAGGAAAACCUCGAGGUGAAGCAGGAGCAGGAUUUUCAGCAGAAUAUAUUGGCGAUUUUGCCGCGCAUAUGGCGUGCUGCAUCCUGUAUGGUUACAGGGGCUCCGUCGUCGCUGCCAACGCCAAGUCGGACAUCGUUGAACCCAGACCAAGCUUCCGGAAGUUCUGCUGUAGCAUCAUCGACAUCUCCGGGCUCACACACACUGUCGUCAUGCUCGCGCUCAAGUACAUGCAGAAGCUGGUUUGGAGUCUCAACUCGUACAACAUGUACCCCGAGGACGACCAGAAGACGGAGAACCAAAUCUUCGCAGCCGCCAUCAUGGCCGCCCAGAAGUAUGCCGACGAGUACGACCAGAUCCUGACCAGCGGAGCAUGGGCCCGCAUCAUCGGUGUCUCUGUCGCCUCGGUGAACUUGAUCGAGAAGAUGUUCCUUGAGGGCGUCGAUUAUUACCUUUUCACCAGCACGGACGAGUACAACCUGUGGCUCGGUUACCUCACCCACCUGACAGAGACUGUAAUGCCCUCGCAGCGUUCAGCCAUCCUCGCCCUUCGCCAUCACACCACCGUCUCGCCCAUGCCUCUUUCGGAUCUUGCUUUGGCAUCGGAGCCUGCUUCGCCUGCACCCAAGUCUGUCGCUACUGGUACCAAACAUACUUAUCCAGACGGUAGACGUCGUGAGCAAGUCCGAAACGUCGAGCGAGCCACCUAUCCUUCAGAGACUACGGCGCCAUCAUCGUUCGGUGGAGCCGGAGCAGGAGAGAGAGCUGGGGGAGGGGUGACAGCAGAGGUAACCGUUGGAGCAACAGGCGAAUCGAUCGUCCCUCCAUCCCCAGAGUCGGAACCCUCCUCUGCACCCUACCGUCAGCAGCCUCACAGCCUGAAGCGUCCAUCCCAGGCUGCUCGCGCAAAUCGACCAAUCCCUCUCACCGCCGAGGGUCUGUCAUCGUCAAUGUGGAACCCCUCAUCUCUUAAGACCUCGGCACCGAUUCGCAGACGUCCCGCUGAGGGGCUGUCAUCGUCAAUGUGGAACCCCUCAUCUCUUAAGACCUCGGCACCGAUUCGCAGACGUCCCGCUGAGGGGCUGUCAUCGUCAAUGUGGAACCCCUCAUCUCUUAAGACCUCGGCACCGAUUCGCAGACGUCCCGCUGAGGGGCUGUCAUCGUCAAUGUGGAACCCCUCAUCUCUUAAGACCUCGGCACCGAUUCACAGACGCCCCGCUUCACGUCACAUGGACUUUUAUUUUUAA